AUGCAACCAGGAAUCCAAGGCUGCAUUGGAGUCUUCCAUGUGGCUCAUCCGGUUGAUUACGGGGAGAAAGAGCCUGAAGAAAUCAAGAUCCAAAGAGCAAUCAAUGGGACUCUUGGCAUUUUAAAGGCAUGCCUUGAUUCGAAGACUGUGAAACGAGUCGUAUACACUUCUAGCGCAUCCACCAUUAUGUUUAACGACAAGGGUUUAGAUGUUUUGGAUGAGAAUCAUUGGAGUGAUAUAGAUUAUAUUAGGUCCGUAAAGAUUUAUGGAGUUUCAUACAUGAUCUCGAAGACAUUAACUGAAAAGGCUGCUCUAGAGUUUGCUGAAAAACAUGGAUUGGAUCUUGUCACUGUAAUUCCUACUGUUGUCAAUGGACCCUUCAUCUGUCCUCGUGUGCCCAGUUCAGUAAACUUUUCAAUGGCAAUGAUCUUCGGGAAGAAAGAAAAUUGUAAGUAUCUUGGUAAAAUACAAAUGGUGCAUGUAGACGAUGUGGCCAGUGCACAUAUCUUCCUUUUUGAAUAUCCUCAUGCAAAAGGGAGGUAUUUGUGUUCGGCAUUUGACAUAACAAUCGAUAAGAUGUUUGAAUUUUUAUCGGCCAGAUACCCAGAAUAUCCAAUACCAACACUUGAUUCCUUAAAAGAAAUUGAAAUUGAAUGUUUUACACGUUCUGAUUUCUCAUCAAAGAAGCUAUUGGAUACUGGGUUCAAAUAUAAAUACAGACUUGAAGAAAUGUACGAUGAAACAAUUCAAUGCUGCAAAGAGAAGGGCUUUAUCUAGAGUUCUUAAAAUAUCUUUAAGGUUUAUAAUGUUGUAAACUAUGAAAUUUUUAUUUUUAUUUUUUUGUCUUCGUUGUGUCAACU